AUGUCUCUGACUGAUUCUCAGGUGCAUCCCUUACGAAUCAACAAGGCCACAACCGCAAACAAAACUCCAUCCACCAUGGCGAGCGGAAUCCCUCGCCCGCUGUCGGAGCUCUCGCCCACAGAGAUGAGAAGAAACUCACCCAGCUGGCACAGACAGUCAACUGGUUCUCCCAAGAAAUCCCCAGGAAACCCCGAUUCUUCUCCAUUUCAAGCUUCCCCUCUGGAAUCAGUCACAUCUCCUCGUCUGUUCUGGGAAAAUCGCAAUUCAGAAAACCUCUACGGCCCUGGAUCACCAUCAUCACACCGCCGCUCUUCGAUCGAGCGUCUUCAGAAAGCCUCUCGAGUAAGGAACAGCAACAUCCUGGCACUCGAGCAAAAGCAGGAAUAUGAUCCCACUCGAAUCCAGCAGAUCGAAAGACCCCUCGCUAAGGUCCAAGGGAACGCCUUUGGGUCGACAGGAUCCUUCCGCUCCCCGACUGUGGAUCGCCCGAUCUUUGGUCAUUCCCGAACUGAAAGCACAAUGACCGUUCCCACCAUGAGUCCAACCAAACCUUCCGGUCAACCGUCAUCCGGAUCACCAAACCGUCCUCUCACGCCAAGCCGAGAUCAAGUGUCGCCCACGAAGUCGUCCCUUUCCCACUCGCGCUGCAAGAACAGCUUUGACAUGGAGACCAAUACCUGGACGUUUGGCUCACCCGAGGAAGAUGAUGAUCUUCCCAUGGGACGCCGUCAUGCAAAGAGCGUGACUUUUGACGCUGCACCUCCUCAGAUCAACGAAUAUGAGAUGACAACUCCCGACCUCUCAUCCAUCGGCACAAACUCUCGCGAGGGAAGCUAUGAGUCGAUGGAGUACGAGGAAGAUGAAGACGAUGUGCUCUAUGACCCUGCUCACGUUGACCUCGAAGGCGAUAGCUUUGACGCAUCUCUCGAAGACACAGACAAGACUCCUGUUGUUGGACCAGAUGACUGGAGAGGUGACAGCCCAAUGGUGAACCGCACUGCCCCACGCGAGUAUUCAGGCAGCCCAAUGCCCGAAAACGUACCCUCUACACCAACGGCUGGUCGUCCUGCACAUGUUCGCUCAGAUUCUACUGCUUCUGAGCAUCGCCCUCUGCCACCUCUUCCUGGUUUCAUGAGUCAUUCGCGCAACAACUCUGUGCCUUCCUCUCCUGCCUCUCCCAGCCUUUCAGCCACCGCAGAAAGGAUGCUUGGUUCCAACAGAAACCUGCCAGCUCCUCCAGCUGCCCCUGCCACAAGCAAGUCAGACCUCCAAAGCAUCGGCAACGCCAAGAUGACCCUUGAGGAACGACUGAGACUCAUGAUGCUAUCCGAUGAGGGAGAUGGCAAGACCGCGGCGGAGCUGCAACGCGAGCGCCGCCUUCGUAGAGGUGUUGGCCGCGACCGACUGAGUAGCCCGACGUCCGAGCCGGAGUCAACCAUUAGCUUCAACGAUGCUCUCGAAGAGCAGGAUGAUGUUGUUGGGGACAUGUCAGCUCUCGAGGAUUACCAACUGCCUCCUCGUAUCUCGCGCGAUUCUAUCAUGCGAAAGGUCAACGGCAACAAGACAGGUGACCAAGAGAAUGACUACAUUUUCUCGUCCCCUCCUGCCUCACGAAGCCCCAGUAGGAGCCCUGAAAGACAGGUUCCUGAGGAUCCUGAUGUGCCUAUUCCUUCUACCGAGGAUUCGGCCGACGAUCUUACAGAGUCUGAGGACGAUUACUCUGAUGAUGAAGAGGAAGGCAGUGUCAUUAUUAGAAGAUUGCCUGACAAUGAGAUUGAGUUCUAUGAAGACUCAGAUCUCGACUUUGAUGAGGACGAAUCGAGACUGGAGCUGCCAGUGGACAGUGAUAGCGAAAGCCAUUACUCUUCACAAGAGCCCACACCGCAAGAAGUCAAGCAUGAGGAGAUCCAAGAGCAGAUCCGGGAGGCGAUUCAAGAGCCGGAAGAGCUCCAAGAGGAUGUUACGACCCCUAGGGCUGAUACCCCUACACAAAACAGGAGCAUGUCUUCGUUACCAAGCCUCGCCUCAGAAGACAAGGAUGCCUCGUUUUCACGCGAUUUCGAGUCUUACAUGCUUGCUGAGCCUGAGAAGCCCGAGGUGGUAGAAGAGCCUGUGAAGCAAGAUAGGGAGGUCGAGCCUGCGCCUGCGCCCGUGCCAGAACCAGAGGCGCCCAAGAUGGCUGAUGCUCAUGCAUACCUCCAACGUCCUUUCACUCCUGAACCACUCUCCAAGCCUGAAUACGAUGGCACAGGGUGGGGCGAUCCUGAAGAUGAGUACGAUGAUGAUUGCCCUAGCACACCAGACUCAGUCAUCCAUCACCCAGUCCCAGCCCAGGUGGAGGAACCUGAGCAACCUGCCAUUCCUGAGCGAAAAGCCACCAUCAAGGCGGCGCCAGGCUCAAAAUUGAAGACUCGACUCUCAAACACACCUUCCGAUCUCAGCGCGAUGCGAGAAGCUCGUCGCCAAGUGAGCAUGGAGGUACCCGAUGUCCCACCGAUUCCGGAUAGGCAUAGCAAGCGACUAUCCAAAGACAACAACGGACUUCUACUUACCGGCGAUGAAUUCAUGAACCGACACCCCAGCUUCAAGAACCGUAGUUUGACCCUCGAUCUUGACUUGGGACUCAGCCUCGACCAAGACUUUGAACGAGUCAUUGAGGCACAAAAGGUGGCUUACAACGAUCCCUUUCUUAUACAAUCCCCAGCCUUCAAUACCAGUCCCAGUAGACAAGUGUCUGCAGCAAGAACCCAGCAACAAACUACUGAAGAACUCAAUGCUAACGUAACAUCUCGUCGCCAGCGCGGAUAUCUUAUGCGACAGAACACCAAGGUUGUCACGGCCAGUGACAAGGCGUCCGAUGAGUACCGAGUUGCCAGGUCAGCUGGAAACUCCCCUAUCAAGGAGGAUAGACCGAUGUCAUGCAUUGUCGAGCCUUGGAAUGGUAAACCGCGCCAGCGAAGCGUACGAAAGCGUGUUGGUGGCAGCAUUGGCCCUGUUCCUCCCAUGCCAGGCCAAGAAAGCAACGCCACGGUCGUCAGCAAUGCUCCUGUCGAUGAGGAUCUAACACUUGAGAUGGCUACACCGGAGAGCGGAGAAAGAGGUCGUCUAUUUGUCAAGGUCAUGGGUGUCAAGGACCUUGACCUUCCCCUUCCAAGAAAUGAACGUACAUGGUUCAGCCUCACUCUUGACAACGGCGUGCAUUGCGUGACAACAGCAUGGCUUGAGCUCGCGCGCAAUGCUCCCAUCGGCCAGGAGUUUGAGCUUGUUGUUCCCAACGACUUGGAAUUCCAGCUUACACUCAAUGUGAAGCUUGAGAAGCCUAUUGAGCGCAUCAAGGCGCCGCCACCUAUAGUCAAGGUUCACAAGCACAAGACGUCUACCUUCAGCAGAGUGUUCGCGUCGCCCAAGAAACGCAAGGAGCUCGAGCUUCGCCAGCGAGAGGAAGAGGAGAGAGCUGUGCAGCUACAAAAAGAUGCUCAGACCAAGAAGCGCACUUCCCCUCCAUCAGCGUACGAGCUUCUUUCCCCUCUAGCCGCCGAGGAUGGCAGCUUUGGUCGUGCCUAUGUUUGUCUUAGAGAACAUGAAAGCCGAUGUUUCGGUCGACCUUACAUGGCCGAGGUCGCCUGCUUCAACGAGUGGGCAACAGAAGAGGCUGGGUUUGCGUCCAGUGUCAAGAGCAAGCGUGGUAACACGGCCGUCGUCCGACGUGCGCCGUACAAGGUCGGCAAGCUGGAGCUCCAGCUACUUUUUGUUCCUCGCCCUAAGAACGCUACGGACGAAGACAUGCCCAAGAGUAUGAACUCGUGCAUUCGAGAGCUCAAGGCGGCCGAGGAGAGGAUGUCCCGCAAUUGGGAGGGACAUCUGAGCCAGCAAGGUGGCGAUUGCCCUUACUGGCGACGCCGAUAUUUCAAGCUUGUCGGCACAAAGCUCACUGCUUACCACGAGGCAACUCGCCAGCCUCGAGCUACCAUCAACCUGGCCAACGCCAAGCGGCUGAUUGACGAUCGUCGGGCGUUGACAGAAAAGGAGACCACUGGUAGGGGUGGCCGACGUCGUCGUUCAGCAUUUGCGGAAGAUGAAGAGGGUUACAUGUUUGUUGAAGAAGGAUUCCGUAUCCGAUUCAACAACGGCGAACUUAUCGACUUCUACGCAGACACAGCUGCGGACAAGGAGGGCUGGAUGAAGAUCCUCACUGAGAUUCUUGGACGUGACAGCCCAGAAGAAGACUCUUCAAACCAGCGAUCGAAAGCCAAAUGGUGUCAGUUGGUUCUUCGACGAGAAGAGCAACUACGCCGCCGAGUAUCGGGUCGCCGAGUGAACUCCCGACCUAAGAGCAUGUUUCUCUAA